AUGUGGGCAAACUGGAACCUCCGUCAGAAUUAUCAACUGGAUAAUCCAGAUCGAAAAGGUUCUCUGACUCUCCGCUCGAAUUAUAAGAAAUACAGCAGGCCCGUGUUAGUCUGCAACUGGUAUCAGCACAGAGAAGCAGAACCUAAGGAUUAUGAUAUGGAUACUAUCCCAGAGGGAUAUUGGAAAAACUUACACCGCUCAACGUACAGACGGUUUAUAAGUGUUCCCCCAGGAGACUGGAGCACCACAUCAGAGGCAUUCAUGUCUCAAAUUAGUUUUAAGGACGAUUAUCGACUCAGGGAAAAAAUGCCAUUAAUGGAUCAGAAAACAGCGGCAAAAGAACUUCGUAAGAGGUAUGCCGAGACAACCUAUAAUUAUGAUUUUAUGCCUCCGCUCAAUUUUAUUCCGGCUCCAGAUGAGGUUCCCAAGGAACCUGUUGAUUAUAGAAGAUGCCAUUCACAAUUUGUUGACACAGAUGAUUACCGUCGCCAUGGCCGGAACACCUGGAUGAAUGAGAGCGGAAUAUAUGCCAAUUCUGAACUCAGGAAAGUCCUCUUCCCUCCGUCCAACCCAAUAGCUACUCGUUUGAAGUAA